GAGCCGCUCACAGCUGCUCUGGGGGGCGGAGUGUCUGCACGGUGCUGCGCCGAUUGGGGCGCUCGAUCGGGGGAAGAGAGAUGGCGUGUUUGCUGGAGGCCCCUCUCCGCAUCAGCGUGCUGUCUGAAGUCACCGCCACUAGUCGCCAUUAUGUUGACCGACUGUUCGACCCCGACCCACAGAAAGUGCUGCAGGGAGUCAUUGACAUGAAGAAUGCUGUGAUUGGAAACAACAAGCAGAAAGCCAAUCUGAUCGUCCUCGGAGCUGUGCCGAGGUUACUAUACCUUCUCCAGCAGAGCUCGUCCAGUCUGGAGCUGCGGACCGAGUGUGCCGUGGUGCUGGGCAGCUUGGCCAUGGGCACCGAGAACAACAUCAAGUCCCUGGUGGACUGUCACAUCAUCCCCGCCCUUCUCCAAGGUCUCUUGUGUCCAGACCUGAUCUUCAUUGAAGCGUGUCUUCGAUGCCUGAGAACGGUCUUCAUCAGUCCGGUCACUCCUGUGCAGCUGCUCUACACUGACCCCACUGUGAUUCCCCAUCUAAUGUCUCUACUGAGCCGCUCACAGAGAACCCAGGAGUACAUCACACAGAUCUUCUCCCACUGUUGUAAGACCCCGGAGCACCAGACGGUUCUUUUCAACCACGGUGCCAUCCAGAACAUCGCCCCUCUCCUUAUCUCACCCUCUUAUAAGGUCCGCAUGCAGGCGUUAAAGUGUUUCUCAGUCCUGGCCUAUGAGAACACUCAGGUCUCCAUGACACUGGUGAAUGUGCUGGUGGAUGGGGAGCUGCUCUCUCAGGUAUUUGUCAGAAUGAUGCAAAGGGAUCAACCCAUUGAAAUGCAGCUAACAGCGGCCAAAUGUUUAACGUACAUGUGUCGAGCGGGAGCAAUUAGGACAGAUGACAGCUGCAUCGUCCUAAAGACGCUGCCCUGCUUGGUGCGGAUGUGUAGUAAAGAGCAUUUGCUCGAGGAGAGGGUGGAGGGUGCAGAGACGCUGGCCUACCUGAUGGAGCCCGAUGUGGAGCUGCAGAGGAUCGCCAGCACCACCGACCACCUGGUGGCCAUGUUGGCCGACUACUUUAAAUACCCCAGCUCUGUGUCCGCCAUCACGGACAUCAAGAGGAUCGGACAAGUACCCGAUGCUCGAAGCAAAGACAAUCAACAACUGGACCAUGACCUGAAACACGCACACGAGCUGAGACAAGCUGCUUUCAAACUCUACGCCUCGCUCGGCUCCAACGACGAGGACAUCCGUAAAAAGAUCACAGAGACGGAGAACAUGAUGGACAGGAUAGUCAGUGGCCUUUCAGAAUCCAGCAUUAAGGUCCGCUUGGCAGCUGUCAGGUGUCUUCACAGUCUUUCACGAUCAGUGCAGCAGCUGAGGACCAGCUUCCACGACCACGCGGUGUGGAAACCCCUCAUGAAGCUGCUGCAGAACGCCCCAGAUGAAGUCCUGGUCAUGGCCUCCUCAACACUAUGCAAUCUACUGUUGGAGUUCUCACCCAGCAAAGAGCCGAUCCUGGAGUCGGGGGUAAUUGAGUUACUAUGCAGUCUGACCCAGAGUGACAGUCCUGCACUGAGAGUCAAUGGGAUCUGGGCCCUGAUGAACAUGGCGUUUCAGGCCGAUCAGAAGGUGAAGGUGGAGAUCGUCCGGUGUCUGGGGACAGAGCAGUUGUUCCGCCUGCUGUCCGACCCCGACACCAACGUGCUGAUGAAGACCCUCGGUCUGCUGCGCAAUCUGCUUUCAACGCGCCCGCACAUCGACCAGAUCAUGAGCUCUCACGGGAAGCAGAUCAUGCAGGCGGUGACCCUCAUCCUGGAAGCAGAGCACAGCAUAGAGGUCAAAGAGCAGACGUUGUGCAUCUUGGCCAACAUCGCCGAUGGCAACACAGCCAAGGAUAUCAUCAUGACCAACGACGACAUGCUCCAGAAAAUCAAAUACUACAUGGGGCAUUCAAAUGUGAAACUGCAGCUCGCCGCCACCUUCUGCAUCUCGAACCUGAUCUGGAAUGAGGAGGACGGUAAGGGUUCGGGGUCUCAAGGUUCUCAGGAGCGUCAGGACAAGCUGAGGGAGAUGGGCUUCGUGGACAUCCUGCACAAACUCACCCAGGCCCCCGACUCCAACCUCAGUGACAGGGCGAAGACGGCGAUGCAGCAGUACCUGGCAUGACUACAGAGGGGGGAGGUCCUCUCCUGCCAGCCUAACUAACAAUCGUCUGGACGGGACGGCGUUGGUUCUUUUUGUUCUGAUGCACAAAGACACCUUUUCUUGGACCUGUGGCUGGCGACCGUUCACCUCCCACCCACCGUCCGGCACCACCACCUCGAACGCUCUGCUCACUCCAGACCUCUCGCUUGGAGGAUCUGAGAAUGUGGUUGUUGGGAAAUCAACGGUUGGGAGGGUUUCACUUGUUUCUCCCUUUUUCUCCUUCCUGCAAGGAUGAAGUGAAAUUUUUCCUUUUGAGACUUUGCGAUUUAAGAAUUGCCAUUUUUUUGUUUUUUCUUCUUCUUCUUUGGUUGGAGAGCAGCAGCCGGACACCGGCGCCGCCGCGGUGCUUUUGGACUCCUGAUCCUGGAGACGCGGGUCUCAGAGAAACCGGACUAGAGGGUUUUUGACACAUGAGCACGGCUGUUGGACAGCAAAGCUUCCCAGUUUUAUUUUUUUUAAUUUUUAACUAAUAAUAUUAAUGUUUCCUUAAGGCGUCGCAAGUAAGGACACAUUUGGAAAAAACACAGACUGCCUAUUUUGAAAUUUUGGGUGUUUUUUUUGUGGAUACAUACCUCGUAAAUAUAUAUAUAUAUAAACAUAAAUAUAUAUUUUUGGAUUUUUAUUUUCCCCGCCCUGUCUCUUUCUCAUUCGCCCUCUCUGAACCCAGGUUCUCGGUGAAUCACUGAGGCCUGAUUCAUGAGUCUGAACUUGAACAUGGUGUAUGGAGGUGAAAGGAAAUGUAUUCCCCUAGUUUUCUUUUCUUUUUCACGGUUGUGGUUCUGUGUGCACUGGAGCCGUCACGUUUGUCCAAUAUCCUUAUGAUCCCAAUGGGAGAAGUAGUUCCAGAGUGGAUGGCGCCCGCUCUGACCCGCCCAGCUACGAGUUCAGAGGACACAGAACAGCAGAGGUUAGAGGACGAGUGUCCUCACGCCUCCGUUGAAUCUGUUCUCUGCAGCCGUCUCAUUAAUGUGUUCGUCUUCAGGGAUAAAUGAAAUUUCUGAGCUUGUUUUUUUCUUCCUCUCUGUGUUUCGGGAGGGGAAGACAGUGAAGAGUGGAAAUGAGGAAUAAUGGAAGAACAAUUUGAGACUGACCCCUGGAGGGUAAAAGCACUAAGUGCAGCCACAAAAGCAGAAACAUGUGCGACACUGUUUCGUUCCCUCUCUCAUAUUAUUUCUUUUCCCACCAGGAUCUUUCUCGAGUGUUGUUCCCUGACAUUUCAAACCUUACUGAAGCUCUGAUAGAAUGAAUGUUACCAUUAAAAAUAUAUGCAGACCUGAAGAAGGA